GACCGGCGGGCCCGGAGCCCGCGCCCCGCCCCUGAGCCGCGCGUCGGCGCCGCUCUUCGCCCGCUCUGGCGUCUGCGGCCGGCGCAGCUGUGAGACCCCGUGGCGCGCGGAGCCUGGGCCCGGACGGCGGGGCGGCGCUGGCCUUGCAGGAAAAGGCUCAGGUUUGAAACUAGAGAAGGAUUGCCGGGGAAAGUAAAUCAUCUACUUAACCAAAGAGAUGUCAGCUUUUUUAUAGGAAUUGCUUCAAGUCAAAGUCAUGGUGGAUGUAGGAAAAUGGCCAAUCUUUACUCUGCUCUCACCGCAAGAAAUUGCAUCUAUUCGAAAAGCAUGUGUCUUUGGCACCUCAGCCAAUGAAGCGCUGUACGUCACUGACAAUGAUGAGGUCUUUGUGUUUGGACUGAAUUAUAGUAACUGCCUAGGAACUGGAGAUAACCAGAGUACACUUGUACCCAAGAAGCUAGAAGCCUUAUGUGGAAAGAAGAUUAAAAGCCUUAGUUAUGGGAGUGGCCCCCAUGUUCUUCUUAGCACUGAAGAUGGCGUGGUCUAUGCCUGGGGCCACAAUGGAUACAGUCAGCUGGGCAAUGGGACGACCAACCAAGGCAUUGCCCCAAUCCAAGUGUGCACCAAUCUCUUGAUCAAGCAGGUUGUUGAAGUGGCAUGUGGCUCACAUCAUUCAAUGGCUCUGGCAGCUGAUGGCGAGGUAUUUGCUUGGGGCUAUAACAACUGUGGCCAGGUGGGAUCAGGAUCUACAGCAAAUCAACCAACUCCUCGAAAGGUUACCAACUGUUUACAUAUUAAGAGGGUAGUUGGCAUUGCCUGUGGUCAGACCUCCUCCAUGGCUGUUCUGGAUAGUGGUGAGGUCUAUGGCUGGGGCUACAAUGGCAAUGGCCAGCUGGGUUUGGGAAACAAUGGCAACCAGCUAACCCCCAUGAGAGUGGCAGCUUUGCACAGUGUGUGUGUGAACCAGAUUGUCUGCGGCUAUGCGCAUACUCUUGCACUAACAGAUGAGGGCUUGCUCUAUGCCUGGGGAGCUAACACGUAUGGGCAGCUGGGAACUGGUAAUAAAAAUAACCUGCUAAGCCCGGCACACAUCAUGGUGGAGAAAGAAAGGGUGAUAGAAAUUGCAGCCUGUCACUCCGCCCACACGUCUGCCGCCAAGACCCAGGGCGGGCACGUGUACAUGUGGGGCCAGUGCCGGGGCCAGUCGGUGAUCCUCCCUCACCUCACCCACUUCUCCUGCACUGAUGACGUGUUUGCCUGUUGUGCUACACCUGCUGUCACCUGGCGCCUUUUGUCUGUAGAGCAUGAAGACUUUUUAACAGUUGCAGAGUCACUGAAGAAAGAAUUUGAUAGUCCAGAAACUGCUGAUCUGAAGUUUCGAAUUGAUGGGAAAUAUGUUCAUGUCCAUAAAGCUGUGUUGAAAAUCAGGUGUGAGCAUUUUCGAUCCAUGUUCCAAUCCUACUGGAAUGAGGACAUGAAAGAGGUGAUAGAAAUAGACCAGUUUUCCUACCCCGUGUAUCGUGCCUUUCUCCAGUACCUCUACACUGACACAGUGGAUCUGCCACCAGAAGAUGCUAUAGGUCUUUUGGAUUUGGCGACAUCUUACUGUGAAAACAGACUGAAAAAACUUUGUCAGCACAUUAUCAAGCGAGGAAUUACUGUGGAGAAUGCAUUUUCAUUAUUCUCUGCUGCAGUCAGAUAUGAUGCAGAGGAUUUAGAAGAAUUCUGCUUUAAGUUUUGCAUCAAUCAUUUGACAGAAGUUACACAGACUGCAGCAUUUUGGCAAAUGGAUGGCCCUCUGCUAAAGGAGUUCAUUGCUAAAGCCAGUAAAUGUGGAGCCUUUAAGAACUGAAGCUGCUGGGGUGUGAGUGCGUGCUCUGGGCACUGGUGGGAACAUGUCCAGCCUGUGCUGUGCAGACAGUGUGAUUCUGCAGGUAAAACCUAUCUGGUGGUUCAGACUCAGUCUCUGUAGGAAUUCAUGAAGGAUAUAUGGCUUCUUCUGAGCCCCUUUUAAACAACUUAUUUCCAGAUACAUAUACUCUAAAUGUAACCCCUCUUGACAUCUGAGCUGGAACACUGAGAAGAGCAUGCAAGUUUAGUUGCUUUGGUUUUGGGUGAGAAGCACUGUGGAAUUUAGGUAUAGGAAGUUCUGCAGCUGUCCUGGGUUAUGUAUCACAGCCGUUGGAUGCCAGGAUUGUUGAGUUUGUCAAUUGUGAGGUGACUGCAGAGGCGCUACCAUGAGUAAUAGACGCUGACCCUGGCCUUGAAGUGCUCCAUCAGUUGCCAUCCUGAACCUUCCUGUGAGGGGGAAGUUAGAGCUGCUCAAGACUUUUGUUCCUGUGCUUUUGCUAAUGACUUUUUAACUUCAAGAGAUGUAUCAAACUAAUAAGCCUACUGAAAUAAGUAAUCAUUUCUAUACCAAGAUUUCUCAAGAUUUAAGUCAUCAAGAAUAGAAAUUUAGAACUGUUCAUGAAAAGUUGAUAAUGAAGGAAACUUUCGAUACAGUCCAAUAUUUUGUAACUAGAAUCUCCACCAUUUAUCCAUUUUUUUCAUUCAAUUGAAUUUUAGAAGUAAAAUUUGUUACUCUACCUUUUCCCUUAGUUCAUAAGGGAAAAGCAGUGACACAUAUAGUACACUCUUGCCUUUAUGAUGGAUGCUGAAUCAUCAGGCCUGCUACACUGUGGCUUGAAGAAACAGUCCCUAAAAACACCUUUCUUUUACAACUUAAGUGGAAUUUGCUUUAUUUUUUUUUUUUAUCUAGGCCAAACUCUAACACAAACUAACUUAUUUAAAAAACUUUACCACCUACUUUUGGUUUCUUUUUUUUGUUAGGUGUACUCUGUAAUGUUGAGAGAGCUGUAAAAUCAUGGUUUUCCCAAAAAUGUCUUGUUUAAAAGAUAGGUUUGUUUGGUCUGGUUAUGAAAUGUGACUUUGGAAUUUAAGAGCGUUCACCUCUCUGAUUGAUCAUGUGUCCACUGAGCUUGUUUCAAGAACAAAGCUUUGUCCUGCUGUCUGGUUCAUGAACUCAUUUCCAUUUGUGUGUGCUCUCAUAAUGUAUUCCAUUUCCUGCUUAGAAGUGCCCCUUCUGGACUUGGAGCCUGAAUGUUCUCAGAUUCACAUUAACAACAGGAAGCAGAUACUCUGUAGUUACUGUUGCAGCAAACAUUUAUUGGGGGUGAGUAGGGAGUGAGGUCCCAAAGAUAGGAAUUUUUAACAGGCAGAAUAACUGCAAACCUGAAGUCCCAACCCUGUACUCUCUCUCCUUGAUCAUAUCAUGAGCAAUCGAAGCUCAGUGAACUACUAGAUUAGAAUUAGCUCUGCAGCAUAAUAGUUAUUCUUACUGGAUGGUGAAUGCACAUUAAUUUGCUUAUAGUAGGUAGUGUUUAUUACAGUUCUGUAGCUUUAUGACCUGAAUAAAAUGAAAAUUUAAGUAUGUUUACUAUUGCUUACUUGAAAAAAGUCAAAAGCACAAAUUAAAAAUAGCAGAUCCAUAUCCAGAUAGUUCAUUCACUGAAAAAAAUAACUGAGUUCCUAAUACAGGUGAAGAACCACUUCUCAGAUUAUUGAGUAAUUUGUGUAUGUAUUAGUGAAGAAAACAAGUCCUUCAAAAAGUACUUUUUUAAAAAAAACAUACACUGUCUUAUUUUUCUACUUGGUUUCGUUGUUAAUCCUAGCAAAAGACUAAAACUGUUCUUUACUUUUUUCGUCUGAUGUAAUAUGGAAACCAAAGCACUCACAUUUCUUAAAAUAACCCUAAAUGCACUCUUGAGCUUCUUACUGGAACAAUGUUUGAUACUCUUGUGUAUAGGCUGUACUUAUGCAAUGUUUAAAAUGACACUAAUAAAGUAAUCCUUUAAGGCAGG